UCGAUUUCUGCACCAACCCAACCCGACCACACUGCACAGAGAACAGCGGUUGCCACUGAGAAUGGCGAGCGAGACUACCGAGGCGCGGGCGCCCUUUCAGCCCGACGGGGCGUAUGGCUGGCGCUGUCCGGAGCACAGCGAACGCCCGGCUGAGCUCUUCUGUCGCCGCUGCGGCCGCUGUGUGUGCGCGCUCUGCCCGGUUCUGGGUGCGCACCGCGGCCACCCGGUGGGCCUGGCCGAGGAGGAGGCUGUGCGUGUGCAGAAGCUAAUCCAGGACUGUUUAGAGUGUUUGGCAACCAAGAAGAGGCAACAUGCGGACAACAUAGCCCAUUUGGAAGACGCCGGGGAAAGGCUCAAGGUUUACGCAGACUCAAGUAAAGCCUGGCUGACACAGAAAUUCACAGAACUCAGAUUACUCCUGGAUGAAGAGGAAGUACUGGCCAAAAAAUUCAUUGACAAAAGCACACAGCUCACCCUCCAGGUGUACCGGGAGCAAGCCGAGACUUGUGGGAAGCAGAUUGAGGUCAUGGAUGACUUCUCUACCAGGGUGUGGGGCAUUGGCCAGGAGCCCAACCCUGUUCAGCUGCUGCAGGCAUAUAUAGCCACCAAGACAGAGAUGGGACAGCAGAUGAGCCCCUCGGAGCUGAGCCACCCUGUGCCCCUGUCCUUCGAGCCUGUCAAGAACUUCUUUAAGGAGUUUGUGGAAGCCAUCGGGAACACGUUGCAGACACCAAUGGACACUCGCCUGAAGGAAAACAUAAACUGCCAGCUUUCAAACUCCUCCAGCACCAAGCCAGGCGCCUUGUUGAAAACCAGCCCCUCGCCAGAGAGAGCUCUCUUCUUGAAAUACGCCCGUACGCCAACGCUGGACCCGGACACGAUGCACGCGCGCCUGCGCCUGUCGCCGGACGGUCUGACAGUCCGCUGCUCGCUGCUGGGUCGCCUGGGGCCGCGUCCCGCGCCGCGGUUCGACGCGCUGCGGCAGGUGCUGGGCCGCGACGGCUUCGCAGCCGGACGCCACUACUGGGAGGUGGACGUGCAGGAGGCCGGUGUGGGCUGGUGGGUGGGCGCGGCGUACCCGUCGCUGCGCCGCCGCGGAGCCUCCGCCGCCGCCCGCCUGGGCUGCAACCGCGAGUCGUGGUGCGUAAAGCGUUACGACCUAGAGUACUGGGCCUUCCAUGACGGCCAGCGAAGUCGCCUGCGGCCCCGCCGCGACCCCCACCGGCUCGGCGUCUUCCUGGACUACGAGGCCGGCAUUCUGGCCUUCUACGACGUGGCGGGUGGCAUGAGCCACUUGCACACCUUCCACGCCGCCUUCCAGGAGCCGCUCUAUCCAGCCCUGCGCCUCUGGGAGGGGCCCAUCAGCAUCCCUAGGUUGCCCUAAGGGAAAUCGGGCUUUCUUUUCCUAGGCUUGUCUCCAGUUGUCCCCUGUGCGCCCUGCCCCCCAACGAUGCCUUUAUAGUGCAUAUUCCUGAAAGGGGCACCCCGCUGCCUGUGUCUGGGAGACUAUCGUGCAGCGCCUAGAACCUCCUGGCACACAGUAGGCACACAGUAUCAGUGAAUGUCUCCCAGCAGGGGCAAGUAGUUCCCCUACAGUUUCCGUUUGAGCCAGCUGCUCUACAGCCACUUCAGCUUGUCCAGGUCGCCUUGAUCCAGAGCACCUGAGAGGGUUCUUGUCUGAGUCUGCAUCCUCUUGCUUCUUCAUCUUCUACACUAAAACCAGGGUGGGCAUCCUGAAACUUAGCUUGGCCUCUUGGGAUUAGAGGGAGGCUCUGUAAGAGCUACAAAAACAACACGGGAAGCGCUUUUCCCAUGUCAAUCUUUUUCAGACAUGCUCCGGUCAGAAGCUAGAUCACAGUUGCACCUUUGAACCAUUGUGCUUCCCACCAUAAAUAGGAAAACCGGCUCUCUGCCUGUGUCAGUUCUCAGGCAUAUCUGCCCCCAAGAAAUUCCCUCCCAAGCCCCCAAAAACAACAGAUUGGGCCUGCAAAUCCCUCCACCACACCCCCUCAGAAAACUAUUAGGCCUGUAAAUCUGGGACCUGUCACUCCAGUUACUUUCUAAGGACAUCCGUGUCCUUCCCUCCCAGGCACUUCCUGGGUGAUCAGUAGGUAGACUGCUACCCACAGGAGAGAAAACUACUGAGAUGGGUUCAAAGGGCAGGACAUACCUAACGGGAGAUGCUACAUCUUCGUCAUUCACAUGACCAGAGCUUUAACCACACCCUCCACUGCAGGAGGGGCCAGGCCAGGCAUCUCUUACUAGGUGCUGUUGAACAUAGUCAUACACUACACACACUUGACCCUUACAAACUGUUGUACCCCUGGCAGGAUUGGUACACGUGAAUCAGAUAACAGAAUCAGUGUUUCAGUCAGGAUCCACACUGCCUGCCAGGCUGUGCUGUGGAUGUGACAGCUCUUCUCCCUCAGUAUUUACCUCAGUUUUCCUUGGGGCAAACCUGCUUCUAGAAUGCCUUCAUUGGUCCCUGAAAUGAGGUUUCAUACCCUUCAGGCUGAGGGAUGAAAUCGUUUGAGGGGAUCUUAGCUUCCUGUCAGCUGUGUGGCCCCCAUAUGUAAAACGUGGGUCAGUGCCAGGUUUAAACAAGCCAAAUUGCCUUAAAAACUAUAAUGUCGAAUCAGGCUAGGAUUUGUUAGCACCUCCAAUAGAUUCUUUCUACCUUGUCGCAGUGCUGGACCACAGAUGGCCAGCAGCUGGGUGGCAGCCAAGGGAGCUAGCUGCCUUAAUAUUCUCAGGGGAGUCUCCUUGGCAUCCAUGCUGUUGACAGUACAAAGCAUACGUCUUCACGCUCCUGACUUUGUAGAAUUUACCUCAAAGGUACACAAUUGAUUUUCCCGGUGCUUGGUCUAGAACCAGUGGCCUUGCACAAGCUGAGCAAGGGCUUCAGGCCCAACAGGUGUUUGUAAGAAAAAGGCUUAGUCAAGGCCAGGGAAGUGGAGGACAGAAACCUCUGUGACAAGUUUUCUUUUUCUUACUUUGGUUUUUCGAAACAGGGUUUCUCUGUGUAGCCCUGGCUGUCCUGGAACUCACUUUGUAGACCAUGCUGGCCUCGAACUCAGCAAUCUGCCUGCCUCUGCCUCCCGAGUGCUGGGAUUAAAGGUGUGCACCACCACACCCAGCUCAGACAACAGCUUUCUAAUACAUGCUUUGUUUAAUAAAAUAGGAAUACUGUUCCUUGUAACUGUG